AAUCAAUACCCGACCGACGACGCGCCGAGCGCCGGGCUACGCCGGGUAGAUGGCAGGUUCUUGAACAAGGCCAAGUUAUGUCCCACUCUACUUACGACAAACUCUGGGCAGAGGCCCAGAGAACUCUUGACGAGGCAACGACCAUUGACACCGACCUGCACGGUGCCAAGCCCCAGAAGGACAAGAAAAAGGCUUCCGCCGUCGUGUGCGACCUGUACGUCAAGUACAUCACCGUGAUGAACAGCCUGGACCAGUGUUACGACCAGAUGGUCCAGCCCCAAAAGAGGAUCCUCGUCCGUAAGCUGCUAGACUCGACCUUGGGGAGGAUGCUAGAGCUGAAGCACGAGCUCGUCAACCUAGACUUGUCUGAGUUUAGCUACUACGACGACGUCCUCAUCGACAUGCGGAUCCUGCCCCAGGAGGCCGAGAUCACCAUCCCGCAGUACUAUCGGCGGGAGAGGGAGGAGGAGAUCCGCCAGAGGAGGAAAACCAUCGACACCAUCCUGAAGCGACUCGGUUUUUACGAAGAUGAGGGUGCCGAGCCGGAGAUGACAGAGGACGAGGCGACGCGGCUGAUCCAGGUGCACGAGCGCGCGCGCCAGGGCCGCCUGCGGGCGCAGUUCAUGCGCGAGAUCCGCCACAUGAAGGACAAGGCCAAGCCCGAUCCCCUGGCAGACGACAAGACGGGGGCGGGGUCGCGCGCGGCCGCGCUCAAGAUCCAGAAGAUCUGGCGGGGCUUCAUCACGCGUCGCAAGAUCAGGAGAAGGGUGAUCGAGGAGAUGCUGCUCAUAGGUAAGGAGGACUCUCUGCGCGUGCACGUCAGCGCGCCGGAUGGCAUAACUGCCAGGUGUGUCCCAGGCAUGCUGCCCCCCGUCGCCGUGGAGUCGGAGGCGCGGCGUCGCAGCGAGGAGGUGCGGGAGGCGCGGCGCGUGGUGCAGCACGACCACCAGCGGCAGUACGAGCUCGCGCUGGUGCACGAGAAGCAGCACGUCCUGCGCACCCGCGGCGAGAUCAUCAAGGAGGAGAUCGCGGACGCGGCGCGCUGCUGGUACAUGGACUACAAGGCCAACACGGGCAAGUUCCCGGACUUCCCUUCCGAGGAGUCCGGCGGCUCUGCCGUGCUCUUCAGCCGACAGGGCGCCGAGUCCGAGAUGAGCAAGUCCACCGCGCCCUCCUCCAAGGACAGUAAAGGUAAAAAGGACAAGACGAAAAAGGCGCAGAAAGAAAAGGACCCCGCGAAAAAGAAGCCAGACGACGAGGAGGAUCCUGGCUUCAAGAUGAUUCCGUCCGUGUACCUGGGGGACCUCAUCAAUGGCUGCAGCGUGUACCAGGAUGUCUGGGCCGAAAAGGAUGAGCGAGACAACCCAGCACAGACCUUCUACCGAGAUAUGAUCCUCCAGGAGAAGGAGCGGGAGGUGGAGGCGGAGUUGCGGAAGACGGUGGACCACAUGUUGCGAGGAGAAUUGGAGCGACUUCAGGCGGCGCUGGACCGUGAUCGCGCGCGCAAGGGCAAGAAGGGCAAGAAGGCCAGCAAGAAGGGUCGACGCGGGGGCAAAAAGAACAAGAAGAAGAAGGAGCGCGAUCUCACGCCGGAUCGCACCCUCGAGUCGCUGUUCGAGGAGCUGGUGGCCAACGGUAUCAUCCGUAAGUACCCCGAGGUGCCGCUGGCCGCGUUCAGGGGGGAGCGCUCGUAUGGCAACCACGCGCUGCGUCAGCUGGGGAAGGACCCGCUGCCCUCGCUCGGCGACGUGCGCCAGGCCGUGCUCGAGUACUGCGUGCUGCCGCUCGGCUCGCCCACCAUCCACGCCACGUCCCCCCUGGUGCGCUCCGUGCUGCUGGCGGGGCCGGCGGGCUCCGGGAAGCACAUGCUCGUGCACGCCGUCUGCUCGGAGACCGGCUCCGUCCUCUUCGACCUGAGCGCCGCCAACAUCGUGGGCAAAUACCCUGGCAAGACGGGGCUGGUCAUGCUCGUGCACCUCGUCAGCAAGGUGUCCAGACUAUUGCAGCCAUCCGUCAUUUUCAUGGAUUGCGCAGAGAAGCCGUUUCUAAAGAAAGUACCCAAAACUGACAAAACGGACCCUAAACGACUUAAGAAGGACCUGCCUAAGCUAAUAAAAAGCAUAGGCCCCGAGGACCAGGUGCUCCUGCUGGGCAUAUCGCGCAGUCCCUGGGAGUGCGACCAGAAGGCCCUCGCCCAGGUGUACACCAAGAUGAUCCUCAUCCCCCGCCCGGACUACGCCAGCCGCAGCUUCAUCUGGAGCGAGCUGCUCUUCUCCUACAGCGGAGUCAACCGCCAGUUCGACACGGCCGCGCUCGCGCAGAUCUCGGACGGGUACACGGUGGGGCGCAUCCUGGCCGUGCUGAGGGACGUCAUGACGUGCAAGCGGAUCCUGCAGAUGCGCGUGCAGCCGCUGACGCACGCCGAGCUGGUGGCCGCCCUGAGCAGGCACGACCCCGUGUACAAGGAGGAGGAGGAGGCGUUCCUCAGCUGGUUCCAGCGCACGCCCAUCGGGAGGCGCAAGGCGCGCGCCAACGAGCUGGAGGAACUCCAGCGGCAGGGACUCGAGCCGCAGCCGGCAAAGUGAGGCAGGACCACUAUAAACACAAUACAGCAAACUGCAACUCAUGCCAGUACAACACGGUCAGGUCUGACACUGCGUGAAGUCCCUUACUUUUAUGUUACUAUCACACUCUUAAAUGGCUGUGGUACAUUUAGAAAAUAUACAUAUAUUCCAAGGGUAAUUGUAAAUACUUGACUUGGUGCUAGUAUGGAGUCAUGCUGCACCAGCAUGUUAGAGAAAAGUGUCAUAAUAUUUUUUUCAGCAGUUCGUAAGUUCUUCAUAGUUGGCUACAAAAUAUGAUUAAGAGGAAGUAUACAAUUAUGUUUGGUUGAAAUGCCUUUAUUUAACAUUUCAUUGUGUUGAUUGAUGCUAUGUACAAUUGGAAUGAGCUGUAAACUGAAAGGCAAAUGGGUAUGCAAAUAAGACUUUCUAAUAUUAAAUUAAAGAUAACUGUUGUCCUCUCAAAUUCUUCUGGGAUUUGUAUGCAGACGUUUUAGUACAAGUCUUAGAAAUAAAAUAUUAGAUUGAA